UCCCCGAUUCUAGCGGACAUAAUAAUGGACGAUUUAGAGACCAACUGUAUGGAAAGAUUAAACUUUGCGAUUCCCGUAUAUUAUAGAUAUGUCGAUGACAUCUUUAUGAUUCUACCCGCUAACAGACUUACUGACGUUCUCAACACAUUCAAUAACUAUCACCCACGAUUAAAAUUCACGGUUGAAAUUGAGAACAACAAUACACUCAAUUUUUUAAAUACGUCUGUGUUCAGAGAGGAUCGUAAACUCUUCACGAAUUGGUAUAGAAAACCAACGUUCUCUGGCCGAUAUAUCAAUUAUUUUUCUAGCCACCAGACACGAUAUAAAAUCAACACAAUCAUAAAUUUGGUCGACCAGGCUGUCUUACUUUCAGACUCACGAUUUCACGACGCUAAUAUUAACAUCAUAAAAGACAUCCUCCUAAACAAUUCUUAUCCUCCUUCCUUUAUCGACAAACAUAUUAAUAGAAGAUUACAUCAUUUGAAACACCAUACUGGCUCAGACACAACGGUACCUACCGACAUUAAUCGAGAUUUUACAAACAGCAUCACCAUCCCAUAUGUCGGGAAUGUUAGCGACGUAAUCAAGAAAAUUUUACACAACCAACACAUUGAUACGCGUUUUUCAGCCUCUAAAAAAUUAGAUUUGUUGAUAAGGAAAGGGAAGGAUAGAAUUGCUGAUCCAAACCGUACUGAAUUGGUCUACCAACUUAAUUGUGUUGAUUGUGAUGCAAUAUAUAUCAGCCAAACUAAAAGACACGUUGUAACGCGCAUUAACGAACAUCGCAACGACAUUAAAAAGCCUGUUGACAACCACUCAGUUGUCAGCAAGCAUCGCAAUCUUGCUGGACAUGAAUUCGACUGGUCCAACCCGUUAAUCUUACACAAAGAACCACAUUUUAAAAAACGCGAAAUAGCCGAGAUGUUCUAUAUAAAGAAGUCCCAUGAUUAUACGAUCAACCUUCAACAAGACACCGACAAUUUAAGCGCUAUUUAUGAUAAGAUUGUACGCACGACUUAAUCUCUAUCCUAUAUUGUUUUCUUAUUUAUAUAAUUUAUUUACCUGUCCCCCACUUGUUGUGUUUUACGUCCCGACAAAUGUCGUUCUCUCUUCGAAAUUUAACACCGUCAUUGUCUUACCAGCCGUUUACAAUACCUGACGCUUUUAUUAGUUUUUAACCAACGUUAUACAUAUUAAUAUAGUGAUUUUAUUCGACCAUGCACAAAAUUGCAUACUUCGACAUGUCACCCAUUUGCUGUCACACUUGGGUCAACACUUGAGAAGGACCAGUAUUACUGGCCGAAACGUCGUGUAAUUAAUUAAAAUAUAUUUGCCAGUUAUUGUCGAUUUAAUCCUUGAAAUUGGUUUUUAUUUACUGGCGAUCCACCUCUUCAAAAUUGUGCAAAUAUUUAGGUUUCUUUUUUUAUUCAGACGAACAAUCUAUUUCGAUUCCCCGCCCCCGUCGGGAGAAAUUACUAUGCCUAACCUCAGGAAUGGCUCGCAGGACAGAAUGCUCUAUAAGAGAAUUCGCUAGUUUUAUUGGUUCGCUCAUUUCGGUAUGUUCGGCUGUACAAUAUGGGCUCCUUUACACUAAGGGAUUCGAGAGAGAAAAAUUUUUGGCUCUUACUAAAUGUAACGACAAUUACUCAGCAGGAAUGGAAAUUCCGUCUUAUCUCCAGAAGGAUUUUAUGUGGUGGAUUGAAAUUUUUUCCAAUCCCAAUCAAUCUAAUAAGAUUCGUUCGUAGAUUUGUUCGAGAAAUCUUCUCAGACGCCUCUUUGAACGGUUGGGGCGCAGCUUGGGGUGAAUCACGUACGCACGGGUGGUGGUCUGAGAACGACAAGACGCUUCACAUAAAUGCAUUAGAGCUUAAAGCGGCCUUUAACGCCCUUCAUUGUUUCGCAUCGGACCUCCACAAUUGCAACAUUUUACUUCGUAUUGAUAAUACAACGGCCCUGGCUUAUAUUAACAAAUUUGGAUCUAUUCAAUUCCCCCAUCUAUCUGCUAUAUCGAGGCAAAUUUGGCGCUGGUGCGAGGAACGAAAUAUCUUCCUAUUUGCCU